AUGAAUAACGCACGUGCUGGACAUACAGCGUCUGUGUUGCCCAAUGGCGAAGUGCUUAUUGCUGGAGGAAAUGAUAAUGUUAGUUACUUAAGCAGUACUGAAUUAUAUAAUCCAGCAACAGGAAAUUGGACAUUUACUGGCAGUAUGAAAUAUGCAAGGACACAGUUCACAGCAACCGUAUUUGAAAAUGGGAAAGUAUUCGUUAGUGGUGGAUAUUACAACGAUAACUGGUUAAAUAGUGCUGAAUUGUAUGAUCCGUUAACAAGAAUAUGGACGUUAGCCAACAGUAUGAGUUUUGAACGACAUCAACACGAAGCAUCCCUGUUAAGUAAUAGAACAGUGCUAGUUACCGGAGGAGCAAAUAGUUUAGGUGAUUUAGAUAGUGCAGAAUUAUAUGAUCUAUUAACAGGAAAUUGGUUCAGUACUAUUGCUAUGCAUUAUAGACGAGCAGUACAUACGGCGACAGUAUUACUAAAUGGACAAGUACUAGUUGCAGGUGGAGUUCAGAGUGGUAGUUUCUUAAAGAGUGCUGAGUUAUACGAUCUAUCAACGGGAAUGUGGACAAUGACUGGAAAUAUGAAUUUUGAGCGAUGGCAACACACGGCAACUGUACUACCAAACGGAAAAGUGUUAGUUGCUGGUGGACUGGGUUAUUAUUACAGUAAUGGUUAUCUCAUUAAUGCUGAGUUGUAUGAUCCAUUAACUGGGACAUGGACGAGCACUGCUAGCAUGAACUAUCCGCGAGGCAAGCAUACUGCAUCUAUUUUGAAAAAUGGAAAUGUUUUAGUUACUGGUGGAUAUAAUGGAAUUAAUUUCACUAAUACUGCUGAAUUGUAUGACUUUGUGACAGAAACAUGGACAAUAGCCGAUAGUAUGUUCGAUGGACGAUAUUGGCAUAGAGCAUCUGUUUUAACGAGUGACAUUGUAUUAGUUACUGGUGGAGCACGCUUUAGAGAUUAUCUAGAUGGAGCAGAGUUGUAUUAA